AUGGAUUUGGUAGCAAGAGAAACUCAACAGUAUUGCAUGGACCAUAAAAUGAAGUUGAACCCCAAGAAAUGCAAGGAGAUGUUUGUAAAUAUUAUGACAAACCCAAAUAUAUUAAGUAGGGAUUUAGUCGUUAACGGUACCCAAAUAGAAUCCGUUGAUGCGUACAAAUUGUUAGGUGUUAUGCUUGGAAGUAAUCUUAAAUGGAAUACGCAGGUUGACGACAAAACAAAAAAGGCGUGUAAAAGGUUGUAUGCAUUAAGAGUACUAAAGAAGGCUGGAUUGCAGGAAAGGGAACUUGUUCUAGUGUAUAAGUCGAUGAUUCGACCUAUUCUAGAAUAUGCUGUUGAAGCCUGGUCUGACUUCCCAGAGUAUCUAAGUGACAAGUUGGAAAGAGUACAGAAAAGAGCUCUCUGGAUUAUAUAUCCUGGUAGUGACUAUGGCGAAGCAUUAAAGAUCUCUAAAUUGGAAAGUCUUAAAGACAGGAGAGUAGACUUAUGUAAGAAGUAUAUAAAUAAACUUAAAGAUCCGUCCCGUACUCUACAUCAUUUAACAAAAACAUACUAUACGAAUACACACGGUUAUAACCUAAGAUCAGGAAAUCAGAACCAAAUAGGUGUAAGAAAGAUCCGGACUGAUAGAUGUAAAAAAUUUUUAACAUAUAGAUAUAAAUAG